AUGGCAAAGAACAAAGGCUACUCGCGUGGUUACCCAACCAGUUACUGGCCAGAUACUAUGGUCUUUAACCGACUGACCGAGCUUCCUGCCCCAACAAGGAGAAUGGAGAGGAAUGUCAAGAAUCAACAGCAGAAGCAACAAGAAAGCUACCUUGAGGUGGUACCAAGGCUUCAUGACUCCGUGGACACUGAUCAGCAGCUUCUCUCCUACCUCUACCAGCUGCUCUCAGCCUCUACCAGCUGCUCUCAGCCUCUACCAGCUGCUCUCAGCCUCUACCAGCUGCUCUCAGCCUCUACCAGCUGCUCUCAGCCUCUACCAGCUGCUCUCAGCCUCUACCAGCUGCUCUCAGCCUCUACCAGCUGCUCUCAGCCUCUACCAGCUGCUCUCAGCCUCUACCAGCUGCUCUCAGCCUCUACCAGCUGCUCUCAGCCUCUACCAGCUGCUCUCAGCCUCUACCAGCUGCUCUCAGCCUCUCAGCUGCUCUCAGCCUCUACCAGCUGCUCUCAGCCUCUACCAGCUGCUCUCAGCCUCUACCAGCUGCUCUCAGCCUCUACCAGCUGCUCUCAGCCUCUACCAGCUGCUCUCAGCCUCUACCAGCUGCUCUCAGCCUCUACCAGCUGCUCUCAGCCUCUACCAGCUGCUCUCAGCCUCUACCAGCUGCUCUCAGCCUCUACCAGCUGCUCUCAGCCUCUACCAGCUGCUCUCAGCCUCUACCAGCUGCUCUCAGCCUCUACCAGCUGCUCUCAGCCUCUACCAGCUGCUCUCAGCCUCUACCAGCUGCUCUCAGCCUCUACCAGCUGCUCUCAGCCUCUACCAGCUGCUCUCAGCCUCUACCAGCUGCUCUCUCAGCCUCUACCAGCUGCUCUCAGCCUCUACCAGCUGCUCUCAGCCUCUACCAGCUGCUCUCAGCCUCUACCAGCUGCUCUCAGCCUCUACCAGCUGCUCUCAGCCUCUACCAGCUGCUCUCAGCCUCUACCAGCUGCUCCCAACCUCCACCAGCUGCUCCUCACUCUGUAUACGUCGGAGCAUGAGCCAUGGUCCCUUGCUGAUAGUUUAGCUAAGCUAUAA